AUGCCGGCCUCCCCUGGAACGGCUGGAAAGCCAGAGAAGGGCACGAUGUCUUCUCGUUUACUUACUAUGAAGUUCAUGCAACGUGCUGCAGCAACUGCCGCAUCGAAGGAAGCGCAGUCCCCAGCAUCCGAUGAGAAUACACGCACCCCCAAGCGUCAAAGACAGUCAUUGGAGCACCAAAGCCCUUCGACUCCGCAAGCAGAUCUCGAUGCUAUCGCCGCUGCAAUUGCCGCCGAAGAGCAAAAACGACAAGAGGUUAUUGCACGACAGGCUGCUGAGGCCGGUGAAACUCACUGGGUGCUAGAUGUACCCGCGGCAAAAUCUCCUUCUCCUCAGCCCCAGUCCUUCGUUAUGGCGACAGAAUCUCUAGAUGCCGACGAUGACCUAUCUUUCGGAGGUCGUCGAGGAUUCGGCAAUUUUAAGCGCAAAGAGCCGCCACCAACUACGGAAGAAGGCAAAAUCCGUGAACAGCUCGAGAAUCUGCCACAUGAUGAUCCUCGCCGUGUUCAAGCUUUGGCUGCCAUGGAAGAGUUAAAGAAGGCUAAGGCCCAGGAGGCUAGAGCCCCUAAAUUGUCUGAAAUCACUAGUAUCUCAGGCAGCGGUGGUCGGCCCCAGUUAAUGGGAGCACCAUCUUCAAAGAAGAAGAAGAAGCGCAAGAGCGGC